AUGUGCCUUUUAUGCAACAAAGUUUUGGGCAAUGACGCUAUGAAACCAUCUAAACUGCAAGAUCAUCUGAGAAGAUGCCACCCUGAUAAAACAGAGAAAGAUUUGAAAUACUUUCAAACACUCAAAGAUAAAUUUCAGAAGAGACCUACACUGGACAGAAUGUUCGCUUCGACGUCACAAAAAAAUGAUGAUGGUUUGCGGGCGUCUUACAAUAUUUCGUUACUUAUAGCAAAAUCCGGAAAACCGCAUACUAUCGGAGAGAAGUUAAUUUUGCCAGCCGUUGAAGAGGUUUUAAAAACUGUUUUACACAAACUUGCAUCUGAUAUCAUUAAAAGAAUUCCCUUAAGCAACAAUACUGUUGAAAGACGUAUUGAUGAAAUGAGUUCUGAUAUUGAAAGCUUCUUAUGUAAUUAUUUGCAAACGACCCAUUUCUCUAUACAACUGUACGAGUCAACUUCACCUGAUAAUGCAGCAUUAUUAUUGGCAUAUGUUCAUUCUAUUAUGAAUCAAGAAAUCUACGAAGAACUGCUCUUCGCAAGAACUUUGAUAACCGACGCUAAAGAUUUUGAAUCUAGGUUUGAGGAUAUUUUGACUAUGGUAAUACCACCGUGGAUAAUUAAUCCAUAUGGUGACAUAGAAGAAACGAAUGUCAUAAUACAAGAGGAGCUGACUGAACUAGGUACAAACGAAGAACUUAAGGUUCAGUUUAAAAACGGAUAUCAGCAAUUCUGGCUGCAAAACAGCAUACCCGUUACUUAUCCCGUAUUAUGA